CCAUCGUAAAACCAAUAAAUCAUAGUGCAUUCGAAAGCAGAUAUAUUGGGCUAUACAACUAUGCAUAAAUGCCCAAAUCGAUUUUUUUGUCGAAAAAUGCUUUUUUUGAGGGGUGGGGGGCCCUUAAGAACGAGACUGUUUCGUUUUAUACCAGUAGCAAAAGGAACGACAUCUAGUUUUAAUCAGAAUGAUACAUCAAUGAAAUUUAAUAAACUAAAAGAUAUAUUUCACAAGACUAUGUCAUUUAAUUUCUGUUGUGUGUAGGAUUUACAUAAUAUCGAUACAAUAAUUCCAUUACACACAAGUUCCAAAACAACAACUAUACAUCGUUCGAUCGACAAUGUUCAUGAUAUACAGUCAUUAUUACCGCCUACAAGUACGCUUUCAUAUUCGACGUCGAAUACAACCUCAAUGCGUACUCUGUCAACCGAUAGUAAAUACGAUAUUACGGAAGAAUUUGAUUUUGAACGGAAACAAAAGAAGCUUGAUAGAGAACAAGUGUUAUUCAGAAACAGAUAUUAUUCAAAGUUUUUAUUAGCUAAAUUACAGUUUUCAAUUUCGAAUAGAGCUUAUCAAAAACUGCAUCUGCUAUGCAAUGAGUACAAUACGAGACCUCCACCAAUACGUACGAUAAAAGAACUUUUGAGCCUUUACGAACAUAAAAUUCCGAUAAUAACAACAGAACACGGUGCAUACCUGCACGUUCGUCAUGCCAUUAUUAUGUUAACAUAUGGACAUCAGGAUAUUCUUGACUCCAUAUAUAAAUCCGGCAGUCGAACACUGCAUUUUCGUCUAUGUGAAGAUCGUACUUGGAUUGGAAAGAGAUUAAAUAUUCUCGUUUCCAGUUUAGGAUGGGUUAAUGCCGGCCCAAAAGCACAACCUGCCACCAGUUUAAUUCUACUGGCAAUCGUGAAAAUAUCGAAGGAAGAUCGUCUAAACUUAGGUAUGAUUAAAAAUAAAAGAUAG